CACCAUCACAACAAACAACAAAACAUAAAAGAAAAAAAGAUUUUUUGAGAAAAUUAAGAAAAGACAAUGGAGAUUCCUAUGAUAGAUUUUAGCAAGUUAGAUGGUGAAGAUAGGAGCAAAACAAUGGCACUUCUUCACAAUGCUUGUGAAAAAUGGGGCUUCUUUCAGAUUGAGAACCAUGGAGUUGAUAAGGAACUAAUGGAGAAGGUUAAGAAAUUAGUGAAUAAGCAUUAUGAAGAUAACAUGAAGCCAAGGUUUUACAACUCGGAUUUGGUAAAAACUGUUGAUGGUAAAAAUAAAAUCAGUAAUACUGAUUGGGAAAGCACUUUUUUUAUCUGGCAUCGACCGGAUAAUAAGAUCAACGAGUGCGCUGAUCUGUCUGAGGAACUUCGCAAAACAGUGGAUGAGUACAUUAAUCAGCUUAUAAAGGUAGCCGAAAAGCUUUCAGAACUCAUGUGCGAAAAUCUCGGUCUAGACAAAGAACACAUCAAAGAAGCUUUUACAGGAAGCAAAGGUCCUGCAGUCGGAACAAAAGUGGCAAAAUACCCAAAAUGCCCUCACCCGGAGCUCGUAAGAGGUCUACGCGAACACACAGAUGCCGGUGGCAUCAUUCUAUUGCUCCAAGACGAUCAAGUCCCGGGUCUCGAGUUUUUCAAAGAUGGUGAAUGGGUUAACAUUCCACCUUCUAAGAACAACACUAUAUUUGUUAACACAGGUGAUCAAGUGGAAGUGUUGAGUAAUGGAAUUUACAAAAGUACCCUUCACCGCGUUAUGACUGAUAAAGACGGAAGCAGGCUUUCGAUCGCUACUUUUUACAAUCCAUCUGGCGAUGCGGUUAUUUCGCCGGCUCAUAAGUUAACCUACCCGAAUCGGUAUACUUUUCAAGAUUAUUUGAAACUGUAUUCGUCUACUAAGUUUGAAGAUAAAGCGCCUAGAUUCGAGUCGAUGAAGAAGAUCGUCAACGGUCAUUGAUGACUGAAUUCCAAUAACCGAAAUCUUCCUGCAUAAGAGCCAGUGGUCUCGUACGAUGUGUGUUUUACGUGGUGUAAACGUUUACUUAAUACUUGUAUUACUUGUGUGUUUUUUUUGGUUUUGUUUUUAUAGAGUAUUAACAUGUUUCCUUUACUUCAUGAACGCUAACCGAACGAGAUUUCUUGUUUGUGUUCGUUCAUUAAAGAAAUGAACGUGUUCGUGAACUGUUAACGAACACUUACCA